AUGUUCACUUGAUUACCAAACAGACGAGGAAUUUACACCAUUUCACGUAUUUAUAAUCCCGUGGAAUUAUACAUAGGACGGAAUUUUGAACUCUACGACCAAAGACAUCAUAAACAAAAAUUCAUUUUCCAUGGACGGAUGAGCGAGUAGGAUUUUCGUACCAAAAGUGAUCCUGGGAAAUGCUUAUAAAGUGGGCUUGGAAACUGGUUACUAAAAUGAUACGGAUUAUCAUUCGAGCACUUGAAAGUGUUUUUAGUAGUUGUGUUUUCCGUUUUCAAAGAAAACUUUUCGGGGUUCAAGUGACAAGGGUUUUUCCGUUGGCUUUCCCUGAAAACAAUUCAUUUCAGGUAUGUAUCGAGGCUGCUGUUUUGAGCAGCAUUAAGGAGCAAUAUCGGGGUUAUAAUACAUUCAAAAUCGUUAAAGCAAUGGCUGCUGCAGGGAAGAUUGCAGUGGGAGAAUUCCUGCAGGGUUCGCAGAGGCAGAACCUGUUUUUGCAGAGAAAUGUAUCUAAACAGCGAUGUAGGCUACUUUGCAGUUCCCUACAAAGACAAAGCCUUUCACGAAGGACAACUGGUAGAGGUCUAAGAUCAACAUCAAAAAGCUUGCUUCCUGUAAAGCCUAGAGUUUUGGUUUUAGGAGAGGCGAGUAGUUAUUUUGAUCAAAAUUUCAUGAAGAGCGGAAAUUCUGGUGAGAAAGUUAAGGAAACACCUUACUUGGCUUCUAAACUACGGAUACUCACUGAGGGUGCAUCAGAUUAUGGAAAAUUUGGUGAACCCUUGAUUCAGGGAUACACGAGAACUUUUGACGGUGCUAAUGUAUUAUCCGAAGCAAUUUCUGAACAUGGUAUAUCGACAGAUGGGGGCACAGACAGUUUACCCGUGUCUGCUCAUGCUUCUGGUGAAGUUGUGGAGGUUCCUGGAGACCUUGUUAGUACUGUAUAUGCCACUUCCCCAGAUAUAGCAUUGACGGUGACCGAGGAUUUGAGUCAUGGAGAUGAUGGUGUCCUUUUGGCAGUUCCGAAGAAACGCACAUCGAUAUCUAAAAAGCGUAUCCGUAAAAACGUCUGGAAAAGAAAAGGAUAUCAGGCAGCACUGAAGGCUUAUUCUUUAGCAAAAUCUCUUUCUACCGGGAAUUCAAGAAGUUUCUUUUAUUCUAGAAACAAGCCUGUUUGUUCAUCAAAUCAUGAGAAGCAUUCAGUUUUGGACCUCUCUCUGCAAAGGUCUCCUCCUUGUAACUCUAUUGUUACAAUCAAGUACCGACUUUUCAUCAACUUAUCCAGCAGUAUUACAAGCCUCAAAUGUUGAAGAGGUUUUUAUCAGUAUGAAUCAGUAUUAUUUUCUUUAUCAUUUUUAUGAUUUAAAUGUCGGUAGCGAUCUUAACUUGAUCAAAUC